AUGGAGCCCUACGACAGAACUCGUGCCUUUCAGCAGCAUGUCUCCCCAGCAGUUCCUUCUGAAGAGGGUGUGCAUCCUGCUAUUUCUGCUGCUCCAGCAUCUGCAUCGACAGGAGCAGCAACUGCAGUGUCCGCAACACCAUCAUCAACAGGAGCCUCCCCGCGUCCUCCUGGGGUUUCUUCUGUUGUACCCGAUGCGUUUUGCUGCGUCCACCCCUUAGCUUUGGAGCAGCGGCAGCAGCAGAACAGUGGCGACUGGAUGCUGAGGGCUACAACAAAAGCCGUUCGCUCAGAGGCAGACUUGCGUCGUUGGCUUUUCUCAGACACGCACGCGCAGUUUCUCAGCUUCGUCGGGCGCCUAGCGAGACAUGCAGCGGGCAAGAAGACUCUGCCCAAUUUGUCCCCGUCAAAGCACAAUAACAACAACAAACAAGUGCCGUCUGAUCCGGCAAAUCCAGGUACUGCAGGAAGUGCAGCAGUUGCAGCAGCUGGUGCUGCAGGUCGUGAUGCACAGGCGGAGAUGAUCUCUGCGCAGUCGGGUGCUGGGAUGCUGCUGUCUGAUUUUGUUCCCUUUCGGCAGCUGCCUGCUAAUAAGGCAUGCUGGGCUCUUAUAGAAGUUCUGCAGCAGCUGCUUCAGUGGGUCGAUGAAAUUCCUCCCAUCGAACAGCCAACACGAUUCGGUAAUCAAGCAUUCAAAACGUGGUGCCGCCGUCUGGAGAAGGAGGCAGAAGAGAUGUUUUCGGGUGUAUGGGCAGCGUGCGAAGACGUACAGGUGGCAGAAACCGAGAAAAAGGAAAUGGUCGACAUUUUUUGUUCUUCAUUCGGCAACCCCGUCCGCCUAGAUUUCGGAACCGGCCAUGAAUGUUCAUUUGCUAUUUUCUUGUUUUGUUUGUUCAAAAAGAAUAUCUUAAAAGAAGAAGAACACGACCCAUUUGCGGUGCUGGGAAUCUUCAAAGGCUAUGUGCAGGUUGCACACGCGCUGCAGCAGCGGUACAUGCUGGAGGCUGCAGGCAGCCGAGGCGUCUGGGGUUUGGAUGAUUUCCACUUUCUUACAUUUCUUUGGGGCGCUGGGCAGCUGAGUGAACAGCAGAUCAUUGAACCUGCGCAG